AUGGAAGCCUGUGGGUUUGCACCCUUUUAUGUGCCACAUGGCAGGGACGCACUGCGGGACGGUGGCUCUGCGGUGGACGCAGCCAUUGCAGCCCUGUUGUAUGUGGGGCUCAUGAACACCCACAGCAUGGGCAUCGGGGGUGGCCCGUUCCUCACCAUCUACAACAGCACCAUGUGUGAGUGCCUCAGGAGAGGAAAAGCUGAGGUCAUCAACGCCUGUGAGGUGGCCCCCAGGCUGGCCUUUGCCGGCAUGUUCAACAGCUCGGGGCAGUCCCAGAAGGGCAUCCCAUUCACUCAUUUGUUCAUUUGUGGGGAUGGCGCUCUAGAAUGUGAGGUGGAGUCUCUCUUUUCCAGUCUGGUCUCCAGUGGAGAGGAGGCCCCCAAAUUCCCCAGGGGGCUGUCAGUGGCAGUGCCCGGGGAGAUCUGAGGCUAUGAACUGGUUCACCAGUGGCAUGGGCGGCUGCCCUGGGCUUGCCUCUUCCAGCCCAGCAUCCAGCUGGCCCGCCAGGGCUUCCCCGUGGGCAAGGGCUUGGCAGCAGCCCUGGAAAACAAGCCGACCGUCAUCGAGCAGCAGCCUGUCUUGUGUGAGGUGUUCUGCCGGGAUGGAAAGGUGCUUCGGGAGGGGGAGAGACUGACCCUGCCGUGGCUGGCUGACACCUACGAGAUGCUGGCCAUCGAGGGUGCCCAGGCCUUCUACAACGGCAGCCUCACAGCCCAGAUUGUGAAGGACAUCCAGGCAGCUGGUGAGUGGAUAACCUCAGGGGCCUGGGUGAGGAACCCUGCAGUAGAAACCCUGAGCCGUGGCCCAGAGCCCUGGGGUCUUCCUGUCCUGCCUGAGCCUGCAGGAAGUUCCUGGUGGAGGAGGGUCAGUGGCCGGCCAUGUGGGUCCACAGCUCCUGGGUAUGUCAAAACCAAAAGAGACCUUGCGGUCCAGGAGAGCAAGUCCCUGGUGGGGUAAAUGCAGGUGUAGGCAAGAGCCAGGGCUAGGGAAGCACUAGAAUACAGCCUGAAGAUCCAGGAGGACUUGGAGGAGGUGGUGGCUGGGCUGCAGAUAACUUUGUUAGGCAGGGAGAGGAAGGGAUUCCUGGCAGAGGAGCAGCUGGGCUAAGGCCCAGGGAGAGGGGGCUUUGAUUCACCAAGAGGGUUACAAGGGAUGAGGGUCACCUUGAGAGAGGCGUGGGGAAGGGGCUUUGUGGGGCAGGGGCCUGGAGCUUGGCUGUGGCUUUCUUCAGGUAAUUUUUGUCACUGUUUCAUGGAGGAGGGUGAUUAGCAUGUUGACCUUUACCACUGAGGCUGGAAAUUGGCAUGCCAAUACCCUGUCUGUCUGGAGCUGACUCCAGGAGAAUUAAGAGCCUCCCUCCCUCCCUCUAUCCAUUCAUCGUGAGGAGAAGAGGCCAAACGGCUGGGACACCGGCAGGAAUUCUCCACUUAGAAAAGGCCUUCUGAUUACUUUGGGAGGCCGAGG